AGGAGAUGGUUCUUUUUUAUACUGACCCGAUUGAGUGUGCUUCAGUUAUUCUUGCCAUCACAUAAGUUCACAUCUGGCAUUUGAUGUCGAUCCCAACGUUUUGUAAGGUUAAGUGUCUGAUCCUGUGGUAAUCCAACCAUGUAGCUUUGAAAGGUGCAGUCUUAGCACGAACCAUUUGCCACACUGGCUUCAGUAACAACACUUAAGGUUUAUGGAAGCUCUUCUGGAGGUUUUUGCCAAACUCCUCUACAACUCAGCAGUCAUGAGCAAAUGGCCAUCCUAGAUUGAUCCCUUAGUGGUAGAAAUCGUGCUAGAUUUGAAGCCAUCGCACUUCUGAAUAUACGUGAUGAUAAGAAAGGAUCGAGAACCGGCCACCUGAAAUCCUAUCCAGUGGUGAUAGUUGUAGUGCCUGUUCAAUUGCCUCCAAAAAUAUCCUCUCUAAAGGGCUGGCUCCACACUUUCCUGCUGCUCAUUGCUGAACAUAACUUAAGUUGAUUCCUUCGUAAGAUCUGACCAUCCAAAGUGCUUCAGAAGUAUUGGUGCUUUGAACAAAUUUUUGCACCCUCUAACCUCUGUUACUGUAUCUUCUGGACAUCAACCCCUGGAGUGUGACUAAAGGUUCUGGGUUGCUGUACGUAUCAAAGUUGAUGGCAUGGGCAUUGCAGUCUGAUAGUCAAGAUGAUUUAUGCAAUUCUCUCCUGUCUAAUGAACCAUGUUGGCAAGAAAUGAGGAAUUUGGGUCUGGGUUUUUGGCUUACAAGUGGAACUUCUUUACGUGCAAGGAUGGAGAAGCUGGCGAGGCUACAAUUUUUGAAAAGGAAAGAUCCAAAGGAAUGUGCACUUCUGUACCUGGCACUGAAUAGACAACAAGUUUUGGCUGGAUUAUUUAAAAUUAGCAAAGACGAAAGGGACAAACCCUUGGUUGGGUUUCUUUCGCCAAACUUUCAGGAGGAAAAGAAUAAAUCUGCAGCUUUGAAAAAUGCAUAUGUUUUGUUGGGGAGACAUCAACUGGAGCUUGCAGCUGCUUUCUUUCUUCUUGGAGGUGAUCUUUCUUCUGCUAUUGCUGUCUGCACCAAAAACAUAGGAGAUGAACAACUUGCGCUCGUAAUAUGUGAACUUGUGGAAGGAACCAAUGGGCCAGUGCAACAUGAACUUAUCUUAAAUUAUUUAUUGCCCUCCGCUAUCGAGAAAGAGGAAAAUUGGCUUGCCAGCAUGUUGGAGUGGAGGUUAGGGAAAUAUUCUCAAUCGAUAUUGCGCUUGCUUCAUGUGGCAGUUGACUUAACAGUUGAAGAAAAGAUAUUAGAUCUUCCUGGCACUCACUUUGCUUUCUUAGACCCAGAUGUUGGUCAGUACUGUGCAAUCCUUUCAGCGAAACGGAGCUUGCGGAAUUCCAUUGGUGAAUCUAGUGCUGAUACAUUGGCAAGAUGGGCUAUCAUAAUGACUUCAAUUGCUCUAAACAAAUGUGGACUUCCUGUAAGUGUAAUUAGUCUCUUAUUUCUAGUUCCCAUCUCUCAUAUGAUCAGGAUGCCGCUUAGUGCAUUGAUAUUUGUGUUGCUUCAGUCCCACAUAUCA